ACCGACAAAAGUCACUCAAGCUUGUGCUGGGUUGUUUUGCUAAAGCACUAUCCUUGCUAGCAGCCUCGGUCAACCAGAAAUUAAUUUUCGCAUUUUUCGAGUGCUAUCAUUUUCAAUGAACUCGUAUCACAUCACAUAGGUUAUAAAUCGUAGGAAGUCAGACUGAGAUAUCUUGUCAAUUUCCUAGCGAUUCCCAGCAUGACUUCUCGUCGGCCUGACAGCUUUGAGGGUUUGGGUUACAGGGGCAGAGAGGAUCCAUCAUUCAGCGGGGGCUAUUCGGGCAGUUCAUUCAAUAAUUCAUCCGGCACUGACCUCCAGCACUGGGUCACCACGCCUCCAGAUAUACCUGGCAGCAGAAACCUGCAUUUUGGCGAUCGCACACCCCAAUUUGAGACGGCGCCUGCCCCACCUGGAGCAGCAGACGAAGCCCAAUCAGCGGCUCCACCGUCCGAACAACUGAACAGAUUUGCUGGGUUUGGGAUAGGUCUUGCAAGCCUCUUUACAGAAAAUGUCCUGGCCCAUCCCUGCAUUGUGUUUCGACGUCAGUGUCAGGUGAAUUACCAUGCCAGGUGUUACCACCUGUCCCCACUGACUGCCAUCAGUGUGAUGUACAAUGUCACCAAAACGCAGGGUCCAAAAGCUUUAUGGAAAGGAAUGGGCAGCACUUUUGUGGUACAGGGGGUCACGCUGGGAACAGAGGGCAUCAUCAGCGAAUGCACACCUUUACCAAGGGAGUUAUCACACAAGUGGAACCCUAAACAAGUUGUGGGACACUUAGUACUCAAAGGUGAAAUAAUCCGAGACAACCCCGGCAUCCUGGAUUGUGUGAAAGAGGGUAUCGGGCGAGUUAUGGGGAUGGGAGUGCCUCACAGCAAGCGUCUCCUUCCUCUCUGGAACCUGCUGUUCCCCACGGUCCUCCACGGCAUCCUCCACUAUGUUAUCAGUUCCAGCGUGCAGCGGCUGGUUCUUUACCUGCUGCGGCGUCGGAAUAAUGGCUCACCAAAGCACUCGUCCCCUGACUCGCAAGCGGACGCGGUCCAGUCUAUGCUGGAGGCAUACUUCCCUGAGCUCAUGGCCAGCUUUGCUGCCAGCCUGUGUGCAGAUGUGCUGCUGUUUCCUUUGGAAACGGUGUUGCACAGGCUGCAUAUCCAGGGAACACGCACUAUCAUCGACAACACUGACCUGGGUUUCGAGGUUUUGCCCAUUAACACACAGUAUGAAGGAAUGAGGGACUGUAUUAAUGCUAUUCGGCGUGAGGAGGGCACCAUGGGCUUCUACAAGGGCUUCGGCUCCAUCGUGGUGCAGUACUCGCUUCAUGCCGCAGUUCUGCAGAUCACCAAGAUGAUCUACUCGACGCUGCUGCGAAAUGCUUAAGUAGAAUGAUUCGGAAAACAUCGAUUCCUUCCUAAUUCGCCUCAAAGAGUUGGACAUUCCAAAAAUGUGUCCUAAUAUGAAUUGAUAAUUGCAGAUAUUGAGGUUUUCUUCACCUCUUCCUGUGAUUUGUCAGUCUACUUGCGUACGUUGUUUCAUAAAGCACUGGUUGUCUUGUUGAUUGCACAACACAUUUAUGCAAAAUAGUCAGUAUGCUUUCACAUUAGCACUGGAUUUAAAUUAUUAUUAUGGUGACCCCCAACUAUCCACUAGCGCCAAAACAUGUCUAAUAUUUCUGAAACACCGACUUUUGUAAUUAUAUUCCCAUACUGUUUUCUCCAUUUCAUCAGUGGCCACCAGGUUUCAUAAUGUGGUGUGUGUGAAUGUGAUUGUUCUUCUUUUGGCAACAAUGGUUUAAGACCUGUGCCCAGUUCUUAAAGAAAUUAUGUCAUUAAAUUAUUAUUUGCACCUCAGUGAAACUUGUGCCAGUGUUUCAAACAGUGAAAAGGUUUCUGUUUGCCAGGUUUAACAUGAUAUAAGAGAUUAAAAAUUCAGUUCAUUGAAUUGGAAGCCAUUAUAUACACAAGAAUGCAUGUGUAGAAUUAACGUACCUCUGGUUGCUGGGUGAGUAAAUAAUCAAGUUCUCAUUUAUUGGGCACCAUGCUUAAAAUAAAUGUCUAAAAUCUG